AUGUUUUUGUUGAAGACUAUAAUCAUGGACCUGUUACAUGAGAGAAGGUUGUUGUUAAUCCUAAUUAUAGCUUUCAGUCAAAAAAUCCAGAAAAUAAAUGGUCUUAAGUGCUAUUGCAAUGUUGAAAGUUCGAGCUGUCCAAACUCAACAUGUGAAACUGAUGGAUUUUGUUAUGCUUCCACCAUGAUUGAACAUGGAAUUCAAAAGUAUACCUACCAAGAGGUGGCCUUAAACUGUUUGAAAGGCAAAGCCUUCCCACCUGUCUAUCCAAUGAUAUGCAGAGGUUCAAGAAAUUAUUGCUGUACAAAAGAUUUCUGCAAUUCUGAUGAGAUUUACCGAGAAAUAUAUUCAAAAGUACUCCAUGAUUCAACGGGUAAGACAUUCUACGCACUUGUGGGAGUGUGGAAAUUUAUUAGCAGACACAAAUUUUUGAGUUGUUUGUGCUGUAUCGAGCUGAAAGCUUUGAUACCCAUCGAGCACCCCUUCAGUUGCUCUACAACAAGAACUCGAAAUGAAUCUGUGGUGAUACAAUGUUGUAAUUCUCAUGACUUGUGCAAUCGAGAGCUGCAUCUGGAGAUACAGUCAAAGCCACCAGGUAGGCGGUUGAGAUGUUGGCACCAAGACACGAUAUUCCCUCCAGGAGAUAUACCUAUUUGGUGUCGUGAGGAAUCUUCCGAUAUAUUUUGCUGCUCAACGGACUUCUGUAAUAGUGAAUUCUUUCCAGCAACAGAGACAUCAGCAACAGCAUGGCAAGUAAUACCUUGGAUAAUGGGUCUUACGGUGCUUGGGAUAUGUGGAGCAAUCAGCGUUUGGUUGAUUAAGAGACCUGCUCGGAAGGGCCAUUCUCUGCCCCCAUACACUGCCGAAGAUUCCUAUUGUGACUCCCGUCAUCCAAUGAUCAAAACAACCAUUCGGGAUAUGAUCGAACUAACGACGUCUGGAUCCGGAUCAGGCCUACCGCUAUUAGUUCAGCGCUCGAUCGCAAGGCAGAUUCAAUUGAUGGAUAUAAUCGGUAAAGGUCGGUUUGGUGAGGUCUGGCGCGGACGAUGGCGUGGGGAAAACGUUGCUGUUAAGAUUUUCUCCUCACGAGAAGAAUGCUCUUGGUUUCGUGAAGCAGAAAUUUACCAGACGGUUAUGUUGCGUCACGAGAACAUUCUCGGAUUCAUAGCAGCUGAUAAUAAAGACAAUGGCACUUGGACUCAACUGUGGUUGAUAACUGACUAUCAUGAGAAUGGUUCGCUGUUUGACUUUCUAACUCUGCGGACCAUUGACUCCAACACACUAGUAACUAUGGCUCUAUCUAUUGCAACUGGACUAGCCCAUCUACACAUGGACAUCGUUGGAACGAAAGGCAAGCCAGCGAUCGCUCAUCGUGAUUUGAAAUCGAAAAAUAUUUUAGUGAAAAGUAAUCUAUCUUGCGUAAUCGGAGAUUUGGGGCUGGCUGUGCGACAUAAUGUGGCCAGUGAUUCGGUGGAUGUCCCAUCGACUAAUCGGGUCGGCACAAAACGCUACAUGGCGCCUGAGGUCUUGGACGAGAGUAUGGACGCACGUCAAUUCGAUCCUUACAAGCGCUCGGACGUGUAUUCUUUCGGGUUGGUUGUAUGGGAAAUGGCGCGUCGCUGUGGCAGUAUGCCUGAAGAAUAUCAACCACCAUAUUAUGACUGUGUUUCGCCCGAUCCAGCUUUGGAAGAUAUGAGACGAGUGGUUUGCAUUGAAAAGAGACGACCAAGUGUGCCUAAUCGAUGGCACUCGGAUCCGGUCUUGUCCGCAAUAUCUAAAGUCAUGAAAGAGUGUUGGUACCAGAACCCAGCUGCUCGAUUGACAGCCCUCAGAAUAAAGAAAACGUUAGCAAACAUCGGUACGGCUGACCAUAUCAAACUGUAG